CCUUUAUUCAAAAGUAGAUAUGGAACCGACCGUUGUUACCACAUAACAAUCCAGCACUAACAAGAAGCAGUACUCGGGAAAUGGAUUUAAAAGAGGGUUGUUCUAUUGUGCAAGUUGACCCAGUAAUUAUCUGCCCAUUCUAUUUGGCAAAUCGCUGUCGAUUCGGUGAUCAGUGCCGAAAUCGUCAUCCAGUCGAUCAAUUACUUUCUUCACCUAAUUCUUCAACCAAAACGAAGCCAAUCAAGAAAGAGAGGAUAGAAACAGAAAGAGCUAAUCCUAAAAUGCGAACGGCGUCAGACGUCAUCCAUCGAAUCGUUUGGGAUCCAGCUAUAAACGUCUCCGACUUCCGGUUGAUCUACCUGGACCGUUUUACCGGAUUGGGCUGCGUUACAUUAGCCGAAUACGUGGCUCACGAUGCAGACGAUCCUGUUAUCCCUCAGCAUCGGAUCCAGCAAAUCUGCUAUUGUCCAUUCACCUCUUCCGACAGCCGGUGCGGAUGGGUCGUCUGGGAAAAGAAGAGCCGAACGGAUUAUGUAUUCGGUAGCGCUAGAAAUGCUGGAACAAUUAAACUGCUCGAUUUGAUUGAGCACGUGAACAAAACGAGUCAUCCACUCACGAACUAAAUGUAUUCUUCUCACGACCGCUAGAUGGCAUUGUGCUAAAGCUCCGACCUCAUUCGCGCACGAAAAUAAAAAGAGGGGAGAGUAAAGAAGAAAUGUAAAUUGUACAUAACGAUGCAAUGGAAUACACACAACUGGCUCGUUA